AUGACAAGUGCUGUGGGGCGUCGGCACAGCCGGUUUCGACCCUGUAUUGACUUGCAUCAUGGUAAGGUGAAACAAAUCGUUGGUGGUUCUUUGCGAGACGCUCAGGAUGGCAAAGGCGAUGACGAACAAACUCUCACAACAAACUUUGUCGCGGAGCAUCCUCCUUCGUACUAUGCUGAGCUCUACGCCAGGCACAAUCUUAUUGGUGGUCAUAUCAUUAAACUCGGCGCGGGAAACGAUGAAGCUGCCAUAUCUGCGCUACAAGCUUGGCCGGAUCGACUCCAUAUUGGUGGUGGUAUCGAUGCGGACAAUGCGCGCCUUUGGCUGGAGCGUGGCGCCGAAAAAGUUAUUGUCACGUCGUACCUUUUUCCCGACUGUAAAUUCUCAUUCGAACGACUGCUCACGCUUGAAAAGAUCGUGGGACGGGAUAGGCUUGUGGUGGAUAUCAGCUGUCGUCGUCGUGAGCAAGGCUGGGUUGUUGCUAUGAACAGAUGGCAGGACUUGACAGACAUGGUGGUUUCCAAAGAAUCGGUCGAUCUCAUAUCAUCGCACUGCUCAGAAUUAUUGAUCCACGCUGCCGAUGUCGAAGGCUUGUGCCGUGGCAUCGAUCAGGACCUCGUCGAGCGUCUGGGCGAAUGGUGCUCGAUUCCCACAACUUAUGCAGGUGGCGCCCGACACCUGGCAGAUCUCGAAUGGAUCGAUACACACUCGAAGGGCCGUGUCGAUGUGACGUUCGGAAGUGCCCUAGAUAUAUUUGGAGGCAGUGGCGUGAAGCUCGAUGAUCUCAUCGCUUGGAACACACAUGCCGAGCCAUCAUCAUAG